CGCCUCUAUGAAACCUCUGUUCGACGCAAUUCUCAAUCGCCAGCCGUCAGCAUGGCAGUCUCAUCCCUCCCUGCGACCAUCAGCAAUCGUUCGCUGAAACAAUUGCUGAGCGACCUCACCUCACUCUACGUGAGACAUCGGACAAAGGUCUCGCGAACGAUAUACCUCGCGCUGGUUCUCGCGCUCAUACAGCGAAUACGUGGUGCUAUCAAAGAGCAGAAAGCUGCCUCGGCGCGCGCAGCUGAGGCGCGUCGCAAAGGACUCGUGGGGCAAGAUGAUGGCAAGAAGAGGAAGAAGAAAGUCGAGUUGAACAGAGAGUUCUUUCGCAGCCUGGGAAGACUUCUGAAAAUAUGCAUACCGUCAUGGAAGAGCAAGGAAGCGAGGCUGCUUGCCAGUCACUCUGUGUUUCUGGUCCUCCGCACGCUGAUCAGCUUGUACGUUGCCGAACUGGAUGGUCAGCUUGUCAGCGCCCUGGUGAGAGGCAAAGGAAAGGCGUUCAUCAAAGGCUUGGUGUGGUGGAUGCUCGUUGCUGUACCUGCGACUUUCACGAACUCGAUGCUGUCCUACCACCAAACAACACUGUCAUUGGCGUACAGGACACGGCUCACGAAUUACAUUCAUAAUCUCUACCUAGGCAACAUGACAUUCUACACGCUUUCGGCCUUGGAUGAUCGGAUCAAGAAUGCUGAUCAGCUCAUCACCGUCGAUGUGACCAAGUUCUCGAACAGUCUGGCUGAGCUGUACUCGAGCUUGUCAAAACCCAUGUUGGACCUCGUCAUCUACAAUUGGAGCUUGUCACGAAGUGUCGGAGGAGAGGGUCUAUUUGCUAUGAGUCUGCUGGUGCAGAUUAGUGCUAGUUUGAUGCGAGCGUUAACACCUCCAUUCGGCAAGUACGUUGCUGAAGAGGCCAGGUUGGAGGGCGAGUUCAGAGCAGCACAUACUCGGUUGAUUGACUACAGUGAAGAGGUGGCACUAUACAACGGUCACGAGGCGGAGAAGGACACUGUUGACCGAGGAUACUUCACUCUGAUCAAGCAUGUCAAUCGGAUACUACGGAGAAGGCUCUAUCACGGAAUCAUGGAAGAAUUUGUGGUCAAAUACUUCUGGGGAGCAUUGGGCUUGCUGCUCUGUUCAGUGCCAGUAUUCUUCAAGCUACCAGGCGCGUCACCUGGUGGAGAGAGUACAGGCGACAAGACCGAGACCUUCAUUACGAAUCGACGCUUGCUGCUCUCAUCGAGUGAUGCUUUUGGUCGACUAAUGUUCUCGUACAAGGAGAUCUCGGAGCUCGCAGGGUAUACAAGCAGAGUCAGCAUGCUGCUAGACGUCAUCGCCGACAUCCAGCGAGGACAUUUCGAGAAGGCGCUCGUGUCUUCAGCAUCGACUGAGUCGAAUGCUGCCAUCCUUGCAGGCCGAGGCGAGCUAGAAGAAGGCGAGGACAUCAAGUUUGAAGAUGUGCCAAUCGUUUCGCCGAAUGGAGAUAUCCUGGUCAAGGCAUUAUCAUUCCAUAUCUCUCAGGGUGAUCAUAUGCUGAUAGUUGGCCCAAAUGGUUGCGGUAAGAGCAGCUUGUUCCGCAUCCUGGGCGGUCUAUGGCCAGUCUAUGGUGGAAAAGUUCGCAAGCCACCGAACGAGGACAUCUUUUACGUCCCUCAGCGACCAUAUUUGAGCAAAGGGAGUCUUCGUCAGCAAAUUCUCUAUCCCGACAAUCUUCUAGAUAUGCGAGCCAAAGGUAUCACCGAUGUGCACCUCAUCAACAUCAUGCGCAAACUGGGCCUCGAAUCAUUGCUCGACACAUCCAGCUCACGAGGCGGCUACGACCCAAGCGAGCCGAACAGUCCAGUCGACAGCAGAUCGGGGCAAGCCACCAGCGACGUCAGUGGCCUCAAUAUCGAGCACGAAUGGGCCGACGCCCUCAGUACUGGCUUCCAACAACGCAUCGCGGCUGCUCGAUUAUUCUACCAUAGGCCCAAAUUCGCCAUCUUAGACGAGUGCACCUCCUCGCUGACACCGGAAGUGGAGAAAAUCAUGUAUGACGAAGCCAAAAGGCUCGGAAUCACUUUGAUGACUGUGUCUCAUCGUCGGUCGCUGUGGCGGUACCAUGGCUGGAUCCUGCAGUUCGACGGUCAAGGUGGCUAUGUCUUUACCCAGCUUGAUGCAGAUGCGAGGUUGAAGCUCGAGGACGAGAAGGAGGAGUUGGACCUUCAACUCAGAGCUGUGCCGGAAUGGGAGAAGAGGAUUGCGGAAUUGGAGGCGGGUCAGCUGAAGUAGUGGCGGAACACAUGUCACGAAUCACGAUACACACCGCAUGUGCGACUACAGUAUAGUGUACUUCGGAGUCGGAGUGAGUGUACCUGC